AUGGGAGACAUUCUAGGCAAUGGAUCUGUUGAACAAGAGAGAUUUCAGAUUCGGAGGUUGGAGGUGUCCGACAAAAGCAAGGGUUUUAUCGAAAUAUUACAGCAACUAACCGUUUGCGAUUCUGUCUCUGACCAACAAUUUGAAGAACGGUAUCAGGAGCUUGCAAAAUUAGGGGAUGACCAUCUCAUUUGUGUAAUUGAAGACAGUCAAACCGGGAAGAUUGCUGCCACUGGCAGCGUUUUCAUCGAGAAGAAGUUCAUCAGAAGUUGUGGUAAAGUUGGGCACAUCGAAGAUGUUGUGGUAGACUCGUCGAUUCGUGGAAUGCAGUUAGGGAAGAAAGUUGUAGAGUUCCUCACUGAUCACGCUCGAUCCAUGGGGUGUUACAAGGUCAUUCUUGAUUGCAGCGAGGCGAAUAAACCUUUCUAUGAGAAAUGUGGUUACAAACAGAAAGAAGUUCAAAUGGUGAAGUACUUUAUUUGA